CAUGUGUCACUUCCUAACCGGCGCAUAUUAAUGACGUCAGACGAGACCCUGUUACCAGGCAACGGCAAUGAAGCUUUCCCUCGCGGUGAUGAAUUGAAGAGCUGUGGAAGGAUCAGAAUGGCCUAUUUUAGUUCUGAUCUAAAAGCUGAUGGACAUGGUGAGGUAUGGGUGGACAUUGGACCUGAUGCGAAGCUCAAGCAAUAUGGCUGGAGGUGCACGACUAAGGAGGAUUCCUACUCCAACAAGACAUUGCUUGGAAACUGGAACCAGGAACGUUAUGACCUUCGUAAACUCGAAGAAAGGAAGCCACUGCCUUCUCAGUACGCCCACUAUUAUGAAACCUCUCAUUCUGCUGAAUAUGCCAGAAAAGGGGGUUCAGCUGGGAAGCACGUUUACAAAAAAGAGCCCCAUGUGUUUCCAGGACAUCAACCUGAACUGGGUCCACCAGAAUACAGAACUCUUCAAAAGUCAUGCUACAUGAGUGACUAUGGCAGCUCAUAGACCCAUCACCCAAUACUUCUGAUCAACGCACUAUACUUAAUAACCCACAUGAGCAAUAAAUGCAUAAUAAAGAA